CUCGUGUCAUCCAGUCUCAUCCAUCCCACGCACACACAGAAACCAAUCCAUGACAACAAAACCGUCACGCACGCACGGCACGUCAGAGCAUGCAGAUAAGUGGCUACCUGUCUGUCUGUCAGUAGGGAAACGGUGAUGUGUGUCUACACGCCGCCGGAGAGACGUUGCACACAGGGAUGCAUGAGAUGUAGAUGGCAGGGGGAAAAUGCUAAAGCCGUGACUUGAGCGGGAGGACAGGCAGACAGGCAGCCACUCACUUUGCUGGGCAACACACGAUCCAUCCAUCCAUCCAUCCGUCCAUCCAUCCAGCCACGUGUCGACAGCACACAGACACAGCCAGGCAGACAGACCCCAAAGGGCUCUCCUCUUCCAUAGGGCAGUUUGGACAGUCUUCUUUGUUUUAGAUGGAAAUUGGUGGGUUGCUGAAGGCUUUGUUCACCAGGGCAGGGGGCCGCAAAGUGAGAUGGGGUCCACGGGGCCUUUGGCGUUCUGGCGCUUCUUCAGCAGGAGAUAGCUGUCCCACACCUCAUCGUCCUCAGGUCCCUUGGGCAAGGGGGGCGGGAGCGGCAGAGGGCCGGACACUUUGCGCAUCAUCCUCUUUUUCUUCAGCAGAUACGAGUCCCAGGCCUCGUCGUCAGACUGACGUGUGGGGAACGAACAACACCACACAAGAAGCCGCUGUGUGUGUGUCGUGGCUGUGUCUUGGGGGUGUGUCUGUGUGUGGCACGAAUGAGAGUAUUACCCAGUCGAUUUCGAUAUCCGGGCUGUUGGGUGCGUGCGUGCUGACGGCCGAAGCGCCUGCUCGCACCGACACACCACACACCAUGCACCGUUCCCACUUUCCCCCCCAUCGCAGUGCAUACAUACUCUGGAUGUUUCCGAUUUUCUGCAGAGGCCCCGUGAAGGCCACCAUCGUCACCAGCAGGACCUGGCGCACAGCAGCGACCAGCGACACGAUGACGUCCCAAGCCCCCAUCAUGUUCUUCGCAGAAGUCGAGGCUGAGAACAUGAUGCCGGUCGACACCCGAAUUCAUGUGAACCCAGGCCAAGAACUUGCCCGUUCUGCACAGAACUUGUCGUCCCUUGUUCCUACCUGGUAGAUGGAGCAGCUGCAGAGGACGACUGUGCAAAAAGUGGCCUUGCGGUGCGCUGCAGCCAGGGGAACUUGUGCUCGGUCCUCCGAGUUACGGCAAGUGGCACACUGCAAGACAACAAAGGAACCAAUUUUUGACUCUGCAGAUGAUCACGGAGAGACCAGAGGUGGGCACAGGUCAUGCAUGCUGGCUCUAAUGAUCAUUCUUGACCACUCUGUGAGCCUCCAGUGAACCGCGGUGGCAGGGCGCAGUCCUGAAGGCAUGCAAUGUGACUCACCUACCGAUCACACCGAUGCCGGUGAGUGAAGAAAGGCUGAUUCGAGAAAGGCUGGGGAUGAG